AUGCUGCAGAAAUCAUUCUACCAGCGCGACAUGGAAGAGUAUCAACCCCGCUUCCCGACGCUCAAUCGCCAACGCCGCGCAGAGCAACAGAAGUCGGCCGAGGCCUCCUCGUUCCAUCUGUUCCCCCGCCUCCCAGCCGAAGUCAGGCUGAGAAUAUGGGAGUCUGCUCUGUCAUCUAGGAGGAGGCUCUUCACCGUCCGCCUAAGGGAGAGCUCGGGCACGUCAGGCGGCUACAGCCUUUCGGUCGAGCAGCCGCCCCGGAUCAGCCCCCUCGUGCGAACUUGUCACGAGUCCCGGCAGGCUGUAUGGAGAUAUUUCAGGCUCCCUAUCCGUCUCGAGAACUCCAAGACGCUGUGGAUCGCCCCAGAGAGCGACCAUCUCUUCCUGCCCAAGUUCAGCGCCACGACCGGCAUCUUUGUCAACUUCGUCAAUGAUUUGAGAGCAGCCGACCCCAAUCGUGUCGGCCUGCUCCAUGUUGCCUUCGAUGGCUUGUGCGACAAGACACUGGCAUCGUUGAAGGCGUUGGCGCCAGACCAGGACAUCCCCGGUGAUGCACUGGACACCUUCAAGGCCUGCGUCGCACGGUUAGAGUCGGUGUGGUUCGUGCAUCUCCUACACAUGGAUUCCCGCGUCUGCAAUGCCCUCCUCUCGGGUACCAGGAACAGAACCAUAAUGGGCUACAAUCGCAGCAUGCCCAUCUUCCCCCACGCUGUCGAGUUUGAGCUCCUCGGCUCAGACCCUCGGCCGAUUGAAUCCAGCCUGAAGGGGCAGACGGUCUGGAACGAUCCCAAAACCGCCGUCCAGGCGUGGGUCAAGAUGGAGAGGAAGCUCGGCUUCCACAACAAGAAGCUCAAGGGCGGCAGGCAGCCCAGCCGCGAAAUCUCCCACCUCCUCGCUAUGACUGCUCGAAAUGGCUACAGGCACAUGGCCCCCCGCGAGGUCGAUUCCGAGCAGACCAUGGAUGAGUUUCUGCAGCGCGAAUUGGACAUGCUGAAGGAGCAUUUUGUCGAUGGUGUUGGCAGUGACUGGCCCCAAUUUUACCACCAGGAGGUCGAGGAAGGCAAGGAGUAUCUUCUGUCGGCAGCAGGGUUUUGGGUUUUCCCGCUUGGAACCUUCAAGACGGUAGAUAAAUCGCAUAAGACCGCGGUGUAUAAGGAUCUCAGCGGUCUUCACCCUGGAAUUGGCCUGUUCAACCUAUAA